AUGGCUACUCCCAUACCUCCCUCUUCAUCAUCUUCCUCAUCAUCUACAGAUAUAAUUGAAAAAGAGAUAUUUAAUAGUAAUAAUGAUAAAUCAUAUACAAUCAAAAAGUGUACACAUAAUGCAUUGAAAAAGAAUCUAAAAGAGAUGUUUCCAACACCAAUACAAGACAACGAUGAUAAUCUCUAUGUUGUCAUGUUUUGGUUCAAGACUGAUCUUCCAAUGAGUGGAUAUUCUGAUAAAACAGAGACUGAACGUGAAACUCAAGCUUCAAAGUUUGCUAUACUUGGAAACUCAAUUUCAACAUCAAUUAUAGAUAAAGGAUAUUGGUCUGAUUUCAUUGAUCCAAUGUCUGGUAUUCCAUCAUUGACUAGAGAAAAUGCCAAUGCUAUAUUUGUACCAUCGGAACAUGGACAUUCAUUGGGUAUUGAAAUAGUUGAUGUUGGAUGUUGUCAGGUAAUGGUUCAUCCACUAUGGAAGGUUCGUGCUUUCUUUUCAAUGGUCGUUGCAUCUGCACCACUUGAUGUAAUUUUAGAUUCUGUAAACUCAAAUUUUAAUUAA